AAAAUAUAGGAAUAUUAUUUAACAGUUUUACCAUUAAAACAUUUAGUAAACUUGUAGAUAUUGUUAAACAUAGUAAUAAUUUAUUUUCAACAAGGGGAAAUUUUUUAUUAUAUAGCAGUAAUGGGAUUAUCAUAAUUGAG